AUGUCGGCGCUCGGUACCAUGGCAGAGGGUUCGGGGAGUCCCCUGCCCGAGCCCGUAGUCAGGAGGAAAAAAAGUAUAUCUAUUGAGGAAAAAAUUGACAUCAUAAGUGCUGUGGAGAGCGGCAAGAAGAAGGCGGACAUCGCGGCCAAGUAUGGCAUAAAGAAGAAUUCCUUGUCUUCGAUUAUGAAGAAUAAAGAAAAAGUCUUGGAAGCCUUUGAAUCUUUACGGUUUGAUCCUAAAAGAAAAAGACUAAGGACCGCUUUUUAUAGCGACCUGGAGGAGGCGUUGGUGAAGUGGUACAGAAUCGCUCAGUGCCUCAGUGUGCCGGUGAACGGUCCUAUGUUGCGCCACAAGGCGAAUGAUUUUGCCCAGAAGCUCGGACACAGUGAUUUUAAAUGCAGUAAUGGCUGGCUCGAUCGUUUCAAGUCAAGGUACGGCUUAGUGUUCAGAGCUCAGCCUGUAGAUGCAGCUGCUACCGCUACAGGGGAUGCUCCAGCUGUCUGGUACCAAAAAGUUCUUCCUUGUUAUUUAAAAGAUUAUCCGCCAAGAAAUGUGUUUUAUAUACAGGAGACUGGAUUGCUCUAUCAGAUGUUACCACAUAACACGUUUGCAUUUAAAGGGGAGACUUGUUCUGUAGGUAAACUAAGCAAAGAGAGAAUAACCGUAGUGGUGGGUACAAAUAUGGAUGGCUCCGAGAAACUUCCUUUGCUUGUUAUAGGAAAUUCUUUCAAAGAUUUGAAGUCUCUGCCUGUGGAUUACGAAGCAAAUGAUGUGGCCCUGAUGACUUCAGAAGUGUUUGAACAGUGGAUGCUUAAACUUGAUGACAGAUUUCAAGGACAGCAGCGACAAGUAGUUAUUCUUGUUGAUUCUCUCCCAGCUCACGCAGAAGUAAAGAAGCUAAAGUCUGUCAAAUUAGUCUUCGCUCCUCCAGACUCUUCACGUAUCUCUACAAAACAAGGGGUUAUCAGAAGUCUGAAAGUUAAAUACAGACACUGUCUUAUCAAGAGAUUUGUCGAUUGCGUAGAACAUAAUAAAGAGUUUAUGCUCACUCUUCUUGAUGCAAUUGAGAUGUUGUACCUGUGUUGGAGGGAAGUAACACCAGAGACUAUCGUAAAAAAUUGUAGUGAAGCAGGAUUAAAAUUAGAAACCAAGGCAAAUGGUGACAACACAGAGGCUGAAGAGGAUUUUGAUUUGAUUGCACAUGCACAGGCAGCUGGAGUGGAGUUUCCAGAAGGUUUAUCUUUGGAGGAAUAUGCAGCUUUAGACGAUGGCUUGGUAACUUAUGAAAUGCCCACAAGUAAUGAAAGGAUGUGUGACAAAGAAAGUGCAUCAGAUAAAGCUGGGACAUUUGUCAGUGAUGAAGAUGAGGAUGAAGUUGAUCAAUUUCAAGGUGCAGAACAGCCUUUGCCAUCAAAAAAUGAAGCUUUGAGUGCAUUAAAUACCCUUCGAAAGUUUCUCAGAAAUCAAGAAAUGAAUGAUUCUCUUCACAGUUCCCUAGAUGACCUGGAGAAUUUUAUUCAAAAUCUAGCAUAUAAAUAA